UCGCGAGAUCGCAAAAACACACAAGUUUCUUUCGGUUUAGAAUUUGUUAUUUAUUAUCAGUGAUCGCUAUCAUCGCAGGUGUUUCUCGAUAGUACACUCAGUGAACAGCAGUACAGUGAAGAUGAGUUUCUUUGGGAAGUUAUUUUCGGGGAAAAAAGGCGAACCAGCGCCGACCCCGAGCGAAGCGAUACAGAAGCUGCGGGACAUAGAAAAUAUGCUCACAAAGAAGCAAGAGUUCCUAGAGAAGAAAAUCGAGGUCGAAAUUGAUACAGCCAGAAAAAAUGGUACCAAAAACAAACGAGCGGCCAUCCAAGCACUCAAGAGGAAGAAGCGAUAUGAGAAACAGCUACAGCAAAUUGAUGGUACACUUUCGACAAUUGAAAUGCAGCGAGAAGCGUUGGAAAAUGCGAAUACAAACGCAGAAGUACUGAAAACGAUGAAAAAAGCAUCCGAUGCGCUUAAAGUUACCCAUAAGGAUAUGAAUAUUGAUGAUGUACACGAUCUAAUGGACGACAUUGCUGAACAGAACGACAUUGCAAACGAAAUAUCCAAUGCCGUAUCUACUGCCGUUGGCUUUGGUCAGGAUAUCGAUGAAGAUGAGCUGGAGAAGGAGCUCGAAGAACUCGAGCAAGAGGAGCUUGACAAGGAACUGCUUGGAGUGCAGCCCGAAACCGACGAGCUACCAGAAGUUCCCUCCACUGAUUUGCCAGCCAAGGCCAAGGAGAAGGAGAAAAAGAAAGCCGCUGUUGCCGAAGAAGACGAUCCAGACAUGAAGGAGUUGAUGUCGUGGGCAAACUAAUUCUGACUGGAUCAGGAGCAUUGAUACACAACCAGAGCAUGGUACUGCAAACAAUGUAUUCUUUGCAGUCAACUUAUGUUAGUGAUUAACCGUUGUCAAAUAAUCCACUUACUUUCAUUUACUGGCGUUCGAUGCUGUAGGAUUAAAACCGGGUUCAUUAUUUCGCGCUAAUAAUUGAAGGAAAUGUCGCGAAAACCCGUUUCCCAGCGGAAACAGUUACAAGGUGUUUUGAUAUUUAUGAGUUAACGCUUCGAGACGCGUUCCAAAUGAUUUGCUUUAGUUGCUGCUUGUGUUUUGUAUAAACUGCAAUCAUUGAAAGUGCAUAGUCCAGCAAAAAGUGUCGUUGCAUCAGAGGAAAAGAGUACCAGAAUGCUCGUAAGGAUAAAAUUGGAUGAAAAAAUGUGCCGCUAUGCGUUUGUUAGACGUUGGAUGAAUAAUCUAGCGACAAACUUCAGCAAAUAAACUACGAUAAACAAUGUGCAAUUCACGUCCUGAAUAUUAAGACCAUUAGGAAGGAAAUGAAGCUUUAUGAAUGAACGAUAGACCAAUCCAACCAUUAAAGCGGAAAGACUGUGACCCAUAUCUUUAUGAGACGAUACUUUCCUUAACCUUGAGUAUUAAUACGAAAAAGACGAGAAAGCAUUAUAUGCAACGUGCUUGAAAAGCUUUUGGUUGUAUGGAUCAUGUUGGUAAUGUUGAAACUUUCGAUUCCAUUCAUUACGUCACGUGCGCAAUGUAUGGGACAUCGGUGCGUAUCGAAAGUGGGGUAGCUCAUGACUUUACCCGAUUGAACCCGCCGAGCAUAUCAAUUAGAUUUGUUUUAUAAUCUACAUUUGCCGUCCACCGGGAUAGUAUUGACUAUUGUCAUCAUGUGGAGCUCAUUUCAUCAGUCGAAUUGAAGGCGAUAAGUUGUAUCGUUGUAACACUUUAUCAUAGGUGCUCUCAACAUGAAAUCAGUAAGUUGUGUAUGGAAUUCAUAAAACAAAAGCUUAAAGAGAUGUGCUUAAUCUUUGUUCUACAGCUCGUAGGCUGGAUUGUACUGUUGGCCGUGGUACAACAAGUGUGUAGUUUCUACAAUCCGUUUGAUUACAAUUUGAAUCUUCAAAA